AUGGACCUAUUUCACACCGUCACUCAAACCAUUGAUCAAGUCCUGACUUGCGACUGGUACGACUCGUUCAAAUCAUUCAAAAUGGAAGGAAACAAGUCCGAAGACAAAACUAUGGAUACAGUCCCGGGAGGCGAGACUCCUCAAUAUGAGUCCAUCAAGACUGAGACCGUUCCCACCUCGAAGCAGAGAGGUCAAUUGGGCGGUGGCUCUAAUACUUCGGAAAGCCCCUCCGUCGCUGAAGAACGGGGAAGCCAGACAGCCGAAAAUAUAAGAUAUGGCCAGAAUAUCUCAGAGUCCGGCAUGGGUGGGAAGACUGCGGCGCAAGGCGGCCAUGCCGGUCAGGAAGGUGGCUAUGGAGGGACACGAGAUCAGGCCGAAGGACAGGAUGAUACCAGGCCGCAGCAAAGGUAUGGGCCAGGGAGCGGGGUCGGGGCAUGA